AUGCUUGUGAAGGCCAAAGCUGCAAAGAGUGUUCUCGAAGAAACGAAGUUUGAACCAGAACCGAGAUGUUUGGAGUCGAAUAUUGAGGGUCUUUAUGAAAAUGGGUUGGUUGAGGAAGCCUUAGAUGUAUUUAAACAAUUGAAAAUGGCCGGUCAUUGUGUGUUUUUGAAGAUAUGGAAUUCUGCUGUCUUGCAGUCUGUCAAAGCAAAAAGAGUUGGACAUUAUCUGGAAAAUAAGGCCACAAGCUUCUUCGACAGUUUCCAGAGGCGAGGCAUGUCUUACGUGCAGAGAAAACAGAUUCAGCAACUUCCACAACUUCAGCCAACUCAGAAACAGAUUCAGCAGCAACAACUAAAUCAGUUGCUCCCAUAA